GCGCCCUCCAGCGGAGGUACCCGCCCCAGCAUCAAUCCUGCCGCCUUUGCAAACGUCACCGCCGUCAUUCAAUUUCUCCAACAGAACAUGCUUUAAUGAAGAACUUUGUGUUUCGAGCAUUGAGUAAAGGCACAUCACCAAAACAAGCACGCAUUAGGCAGACGAAGAAUAUGCUUUAAAUAUGCGGGUUCACGUAAAUUUUACUGUUUUUAACAUUUUAUCCCUCGGUGUUCUUGAUUUGUGGAAACCUCCUCUUUGUACCUGGUGCAGAAUAAAUAAUGUUUCCUUUCUAACGUGACUCUGUGUUUAGAGAGCUCCUAAAGUGGACAACAAGAGGCGACAGACUCUGUCAUCCAUCUGGGAUGGCCCUGUGUCCCAACAGCCAAUAGCCCUUGCAGCACCCCCUGCCUGCCCGUGUGUGGCCAUUGAGGCCUUUCCCGAAUGGCCACAGCAAUUAUCAAUGGCCGAGGUCACCCCCGGCCUGGUGGGGUGGCUCGUCUUUCCCUGCCCACAGGUUUAAUUUCCUUGGCUGACAAGAGCAGGAGACUCCCAGCCGCCGGCUGCACAAUGGUGGAUCCUGUUCCCCAUCAAUCAUUCAUGGCCUUGCUGCUGGAAGAGAUUUCUUGGGGACUGCUGGAGUCGCAAGGGGGGAGAGAUUUUCUGACCUUUGUGAUGUUACAUAGGUGCUGGCAGCACCAGGGAAGGCCGGAGGUACCUGGGUCGCCCACUAUCCCUGCAGGGUGAGUGGUGUGGGGGCUGAAAGGAACACAGAGUUUAGAGAAGACAUGGGUUUGGAGGGGACAUGGAAUUUGUAGGGGACACGCGAUUUGGUGGGGACACGAGGUCUGUAGGGGACAUGGGUUUGUAAGGGACACAAGAUUUGGAGGGGAGACAGGGUUUAGACGAACAAAGGACUGGAGACAUGGGGCUUGAAGGGGACAUGUGGUUGGGAGGGGACACAAAUUUGGAGAGGACACAGGUCUGGGGCUUUUUGGGGUGUCAUGCGAGAUGGUGGGGAUAGAAAAUGAUCUGGGAAUUUUGGGAAGCUGCAGCCCCCCACAUUCUGCUGGAGCCAAGGGGUCCAGGACAAGUCAGGGCUGGCUGUGGCCAGGGUUCUGCUCUCCUCUCCGUAGGGACAAAUACUGCUGUGUCCCCCCUCCCGGUGUCCCUAUGGGUGUCUUGAGCUGCGUGAAGUACCUGAUGUUCAUCUUCAACGUGCUGGUGUUUGCUGGGGGAACGUGCCUGGCAGGCAUGGGAAUCUGGGUGGCUGUGGACCCAGCUGGUUUCCAAGACAUCGUGGCCGCCAGGGCCGUGCUGAGCGCAGGCGCGUGGCUGCUGCUGGUCGUGGGCAUCGCCCUGUCCCUGCUGGGCUUCCUGGGCUGCUGUGGGGCCCUGCGCCGGAGCCGCCCACUCCUACUGCUGUUCUUCAUCCUCGUCAGCCUCGUCUUCCUCACGCAGCUCAUUGGGGCCAUUCUCUUCCUGGUGCACUGGAAACAGGUACUGGCACCAUCCCCAGUGUCACCAGCCUCCCUCUGUCAUGCCAUGGCCAUGGCUCUUGAGUCCACCAGGCAACUGGGGCUGGUGUAGGGACACCUUUCC